AUUAUCUUCGGGGCCGCCGGUGUUGUGUGUCCCGCGGGCAGGGCCCGAGUUACAAGCGCCAGGAAUCCAGACGGUGUUUGGAGGGGGGGCGAAGGAGGCCGGUCCGCACAGGCCGAGAUGACGCCGAGCCCCGCGUUGCUGCUGCUGCUGCCGCUGCCUAUGCUACUGGGGGCCCUCCCGCCGGCCGCCGCCGCCCGAGGCCCCCCAAGGAUGGCGGACAAGGUAGUCCCACGGCAGGUGGCUCGGCUGGGCCGCACCGUUCGGCUGCAGUGCCCUGUGGAGGGGGACCCGCCGCCACUGACCAUGUGGACCAAGGAUGGCCGGACGGUCCAUGGCGGCUGGAGCCGCUUCCGAGUGCUGCCACAGGGGCUGAAGGUCAAGGAGGUGGAGCGGGAGGACGCCGGCGCCUACGUGUGCAAGGCCACCAAUGGCUUCGGCAGCCUCAGCGUCAACUACACCCUCAUCGUGAUGGAUGACACCAGCCCAGGAAGGGAGAGUGCGGGGCAUGAGGGCUCCCCUGGGGACCAGGAAGACCCAGCCAGCAAACAGUGGGCUCGGCCCCGCUUCACACAGCCCUCCAAGAUGAGGCGCCGGGUGAUUGCACGGCCCGUGGGCAGCUCCGUGCGGCUCAAGUGCGUCGCCAGCGGGCAUCCACGGCCGGACAUCAUGUGGAUGAAGGAUGACCAGGCCUUGACGCGCCCCGAGGCUGGAGAGCACAGGAAGAAGAAGUGGACGCUGAGCCUGAAGAACCUGCGUCCGGAAGACAGCGGCAAGUAUACCUGCCGUGUGUCGAACCGCGCCGGUGCCAUCAACGCCACCUACAAGGUGGAUGUGAUCCAGCGGACGCGCUCCAAGCCUGUCCUCACGGGCACACAUCCAGUGAACACGACGGUGGACUUUGGGGGCACAACGUCCUUCCAGUGCAAAGUGCGCAGCGACGUGAAGCCGGUGAUCCAGUGGCUGAAACGUGUGGAGUAUGGAGCCGAGGGCCGCUAUAACUCCACCAUCGAUGUGGGCGGCCAGAAGUUCGUGGUGCUGCCCACGGGCGACGUGUGGUCGCGGCCCGACGGCUCCUACCUCAACAAGCUGCUCAUCACUCGCGCCCGCCAGGACGACGCGGGCAUGUACAUCUGCCUGGGCGCCAACACCAUGGGCUACAGCUUCCGCAGCGCCUUCCUCACGGUGCUUCCUGACCCAAAGCCGCCAGGGCCACCCGUGGCUCCUUCGUCCUCGACCACUAGCCUCCCGUGGCCAGUGGUCAUUGGCAUCCCGGCCGGCGCCGUUUUCAUCCUGGGCACUGUGCUCCUGUGGCUCUGCCAGGCCAAGAAGAAGCCGUGUGCUCCCACGCCUGCCCCUCCCGUGCCGGGACACCGUGCACCCGUGACGGCUCGUGACCGCAGCGGGGACAAGGACCUGCCCGCCCCCACCACCCUCAGCGCCACCUCUGGUGUGGGGCUUUGUGAGGACCUCGGGCCCCCGGCAGCCCCUCAGCAUCUGCUGGGCCUGGGCUCAGCUGCUGGCCCCAAGCUUUACCCCAAACUCUACACGGACACGCUCACUCACACGCACUCACACACGCACUCACAUGUGGAGGGCAAGGUCCACCAGCAUCAGCACAUCCACUACCAGUGCUAGAGGGUGCAGCUUUCCGAUGCCCGCCCACCAGAGCUCCGGGUGCCUGGGAUGGGCUGGAGGGGGCCCAGGCUGGGGCGAGAGGGCCACUGAGGGAGAUGGACCACAGGUGAGGGUGAGAGGUGCCCCGUGUGAGGCACACACACACACAGACGCACAUACAUGCACGACAUACCUCUGGACACACACGGAGUCACACACACACACACACACACACACACACACACACUCUCAGACUAAGCAGCCCUUGGGAAGGUCUGUGUUGUAAUUUGCAGUGCGCAUGUAGCAAUGGGCUAGCUCAUGAAGGAAUCCCUUGGCCCCGUGGGAAGGAUUUCACAGAGGCCAUGAUCACCCCCCAACCCCGGCCUGGCAGGAGAUCUGAGAGGCACCCUGGCUUUGUGAACCAAAAACUCCGACCCCUUCCCUACGCCUGCCCGCCUGUGUCCCUGCCCCGGCUAUUUUUGCCACCACCUGUCCUGGUGUCCAGGAGUCCACCAGUACCCUGGGCAGGGGGGGUCACAUGUAGCAGUCCAGGGCCCUGCCCAGAGAGGCUGGAGCCGGCUGGGGGUGACUCCUGCCCCACCCGGCCUCCCACUGCCAGAGGGAAGGGGCCCUUGAUAUUUAUAUUUAAGAAAUUAAGAUAAUAUUAAUAAUGAUGAGAGGAGGGCGUGGCCACAGAGAUUCGGCCUCUCCUGGGGCCCAGGACCCGCCUAACCCUGUGGCCACACUGAUGUCCACCUGGGACCGGGCACCCAUCACCCUACUCCCUGUGGCGGCCCCAGACCUCUGUAAUUUUAUAUAGAGUUUGAGCUGAAGCUUCGUAUAUUUAAUUUAUUUUGUUAAACAAGAAAAUGUGCAUCCUUUCUCUCUAA